AUCUUCUCCUUUCCAUUUGUCUCACAUCCUCACUGUAACAAUCCAGUCAAUUCUCUCUCCCCAUCUUCUAUUUUUUCUAAGAACAAUUUUUUGUUCCUUUCUUUAUAUCUUUAUGUUUUCUUUUCCCAAGUUUUUCAAUUUCUGCUUUCUUAUUUUUGGUGUGUUUCUCUUCUUCUACUCCCUCAACCUCUGCCCCUCUUCUGCUCCUGCAAUUCCAACUCUUUAGCCAUGCCCCAACUCCAAUUACGCUUACCCGUCAACUCUCUUUCAAGGGUUUCUCUUUAAUUCUCAAAUUAAAUACUAAAAGUAGGUUUUUUUUCUUCUGGGUUGCUGCUUCUCUCAGCUUGAACACGGAUCAGUGGAUUUACCAUGGCUGCGAGCUGGGAUGGAAGUAAUGACCCUGGCAGCCAGUCAGAUGAUAGUUUUCAUUUUGAGAGGUUGCACAUUGAGCCUCUGUAUGAUGCUUUUGUAUGUCCAUUGACGAAGCAAGUGAUGCGUGAUCCUGUUACUUUAGAAAAUGGACAGACUUUUGAACGUGAAGCAAUUGAAAAAUGGUUCAAGGAGUGUAGGGAGAGUGGAAGGAGACUGGUUUGCCCUUUGACUCUUCAGGAGUUAAGAAGCGCAGAACUGAAUCCAAGCAUGGCUUUGCGUAACACCAUUGAAGAGUGGACUACCAGGAAUGAAGCUGCACAGCUGGACAUAGCUCGCAGGUCGUUGAAUAUGGCGAGUCCAGAAAAUGAAACUCUUCAGGCCUUAAAGUAUGUGCAGUACAUCUGCCGAAGAAGUCGAUCAAACAAACACACUGUCCGCAAUGCAGGGCUUAUACCAAUGAUUGUUGACAUGCUGAAGAGUGGAAGCCGUAAGGUUCGAUGUAGAGCUCUGGAAACCCUUAGAGUCGUGGUAGAAGAAGAUGAUGAGAACAAGGAAUUGUUGGCUGAAGGGGAUACUGUGCGUACUAUAGUGAAAUUCCUUUCCAACGAGCUUUCUAAAGAAAGAGAGGAGGCUGUCUCCUUGCUUUACGAACUCUCGAAGUCUGCUACCCUCUGUGGGAAGAUUGGUUCAAUCAACGGAGCCAUUCUAAUAUUAGUAGGGAUGACAAGCAGCAAUUCAGAAGAUCUUCUCACUGUUGGGAAGGCUGAGGAAACAUUGUCGAAUCUGGAGAGGUAUGAGGCUAAUGUUCGACAGAUGGCUGAAUGUGGUAGAUUGCAGCCUCUUCUUAGCCAACUUCUUGAAGGUCCACCAGAAACCAAACUCGCCAUGGCGGGAUUCCUUGGGGAGCUGGUUUUAAACAAUGAUGUUAAAGUUCUUGUUGCUAGAACUGUGGGUUCAUCUCUGAUCAAUAUAAUGAAAAGUGGUAAUAUGCAAUCAAGAGAAGCUGCACUGAAGGCACUAAAUCAGAUAUCAUCAUGUGACCCAAGUGCAAAGAUAUUAAUAGAGGCCGGAAUACUUGCUCCUCUUGUCAAUGACCUUUUUGCAGUGGGUCCUAACCUUCUUCCCACACGAUUGAAAGAGAUCUCUGCUACGAUUCUUGCCAGUGUUGUAAACUCUGGAGAAGACUUCUAUUCCAUUUCAUUUGGACCUGAUCACCAAACUCUGGUCUCAGAGGAUAUAGUUCGUAAUCUACUCCAUCUUAUAAGUAACACUGGUCCAGCCAUAGAGUGCAAACUACUACAAGUUCUUGUUGGACUUACUACUUCUCCAACUACAGUUCUGAGUGUUGUGUCUGCUAUCAAAAGCUCUGGUGCCACAAUCAGUCUAGUUCAGUUCAUUGAAGCACCACAGAAAGAUCUGCGUCUGGCUUCCAUAAAACUUCUUCAGAAUUUGUCUCCUCAUAUGGGUCAGGAACUAACUGAUGCACUACGUGGCUCAGUUGGACAGCUUGGAAGUCUAAUAAAAGUCAUAUCAGAAAAUACAGGGAUCAGUGAAGAGCAGGCAGCGGCAGUCGGCCUUUUAGCCGAUCUACCCGAAAGGGACUUGGGCCUCACAAGACAGCUACUAGAUGAAGGUGCCUUUGUGAUGGUCAUAUCCAGGGUGAUUGCCAUCAGACAGCGAGAGAUCAGAGGCAAUCGCUUCAUCACACCAUUUCUUGAAGGGCUUGUGAAGAUUGUUGCAAGGGUUACUUAUGUCUUGGCUGAAGAACCUGAUGCCAUUGCACUCUGCCGUGACUACAACCUUGCUGCACUUUUCAUUGACCUGCUUCAGUCGAAUGGACUGGACAACGUGCAGAUGGUAUCUGCCACAGCUCUGGAGAAUCUAUCCAUAGAGUCAAAAAACUUAACCAAAUUACCGGAGGUGCCGCCGCCCAGCUAUUGUGCUUCGGUGUUUUCAUGCUUCAGCAAGCCGCCAGUGAUAAGUGGAUUGUGUAGGCUCCACAGAGGAAUAUGCUCUUUGAAGGACACGUUUUGCCUGUAUGUAGGGCAGGCAGUGCCCAAGUUAGUAGGGCUACUGGACCACACAAAUGUGAAUGUGGUUGAGGCAGCACUGGCUGCAUUAUCGACUUUGAUAGAUGAUGGAGUAGACAUAGAACAAGGGGUGGCAAUUUUGGUUGAAGCAGAGGGAGUGAAGCCUAUACUUGAUGUGCUACUUGAGAAGAGAACAGAGACAUUGAGAAGGAGAGCAGUUUGGGCAGUGGAGAGACUGUUGAGAACGGAUGAUAUAGCCUGUGAGGUUUCUGCAGACCAGAAUCUGAGCACUGCACUUGUGGAUGCAUUCCAACAUGGUGAUUAUCGAACUAGACAGACCGCUGAGCGUGCUCUCAAACAUGUUGAUAAGAUACCAAACUUCUCAGGAAUCUUUCAGAACCUAGGAUGAAUUCAUUUUGCACUGUUCUCUUCAUCGUCAUCACAAAAAUUUGUAUGUAAUUUGUAUUGUGCCUAGCAGUUUUGGAUUGUAUCUAUGGUUAUCCUUUUACUAUAUGCAUUUAUCCAACUACAGUUGGGGAUUCCUGUAUACACCUACGUUGCCCAUUCUUUUACGAGCUCUUCAUUUGUUGCUCC